AUGGCACCGGAGCCGGAGGAGUUGAACGAGAAGAACCCUCGUCCUCUCGAUGAGGACGACAUCGCGCUUCUCAAGACCUACGGCUUAGGACCUUACUCUGGAAGCAUCAAGAAAGUGGAGAAGGAAAUCAAAGAAAUGGCCAAGAAGGUCAAUGAUUUAUGCGGAAUUAAGGAGUCUGAUACUGGUUUAGCUGCACCAAGCCAAUGGGACCUGGUUUCAGACAAACAAAUGAUGCAGGAAGAACAACCACUUCAGGUUGCAAGGUGUACAAAAAUAAUAAAUCCAAAUACAGAUGAUGCUAAAUAUAUAAUAAACGUCAAGCAAAUUGCUAAGUUUGUUGUUGGGUUGGGCGACAAAGUUUCUCCAACUGAUAUAGAAGAAGGAAUGCGUGUUGGAGUGGAUAGGAACAAAUAUCAAAUACAAAUUCCUUUGCCACCAAAAAUUGAUCCGAGUGUUACGAUGAUGACUGUUGAAGAAAAGCCUGAUGUCACCUACAAUGAUGUUGGCGGUUGCAAAGAACAAAUCGAGAAGAUGAGAGAGGUUGUAGAGCUUCCUAUGCUUCAUCCUGAGAAAUUUGUGAAACUAGGUAUUGAUCCUCCUAAAGGGGUCCUGUGUUAUGGCCCCCCUGGAACUGGCAAAACAUUACUGGCAAGAGCUGUGGCAAACAGAACAGAUGCCUGCUUUAUCCGGGUUAUUGGAAGUGAGCUUGUUCAAAAAUAUGUUGGAGAAGGCGCUCGGAUGGUUCGCGAACUGUUUCAGAUGGCACGCUCAAAAAAGGCUUGCAUUGUUUUUUUCGAUGAAGUUGAUGCUAUUGGUGGCGCCCGUUUUGAUGAUGGUGUUGGUGGUGACAAUGAAGUCCAGCGCACCAUGCUUGAAAUUGUGAAUCAACUUGAUGGUUUUGAUGCUAGAGGAAAUAUUAAAGUUCUAAUGGCAACUAAUAGACCUGAUACUUUGGACCCAGCGCUUCUUCGCCCUGGACGUUUGGAUCGCAAAAUUGAGUUUGGGCUACCUGAUUUGGAGAGCCGAACACAGAUAUUCAAAAUCCACACGAGAACAAUGAACUGUGAAAGAGAUAUUCGAUUUGAGCUUCUUGCUCGUCUCUGCCCCAACUCAACUGGAGCGGACAUCAGAAGUGUAUGCACUGAAGCUGGCAUGUUUGCUAUCCGGGCACGCAGGAAGACAGUUACAGAGAAAGACUUCCUUGAUGCCGUAAAUAAGGUCAUCAAGGGUUACCAGAAGUUUAGUGCAACACCGAAGUAUAUGGUUUACAACUAGUGAGUUCCCUCUCUUUUGCCAUAAACUGACUAUCAAAGGACUAUGAGAUCUUGUUAAUUACUCAAUGUUGGGUUAGUGCAUGUGUUUCUUCAAAUAUUAAGCUUAUGAUCAUUAGUUGUUACAUGCUCAGAGUCAGAGAUGGCAGGAUGAUUAUUAUGGAUCGAUCAUGUUAUGUUGUAUCUACAACCCAGCAAAUUGAUAUGGUUUGGGACUUUAAAAGCUCUGCAGUUUGUUUAUUGAUGAUGCACUUUUAUUUGUGGAAAUCUUGCUUUUGAAAUAUUUCUUCUUAAAUGCAUAGGACUUGUUUGGAUUGAGAUAUAA